AUGGAGGGGGUGGAGCAGCGCCUGGCCUCGCCCAUGACGUCUUCAGUGGCACUGGCACCGCCCUGCCUCGACCAGCCGGAGCCUCACCUCAGCAAGGGUAACCAGGUACUAACGAGGGCGUGUUUCCUCGGAGGUCCUAAACGAGAAUAUAUUCCUCAGGUCGGGACGGUGAUGCUGUACGGGGUUCCCAUCGUCUCCCUCAACAUUGAUAACAUCGAGCGCCUCUGCCUGGCCCAGAUCUCCAACACUCUACUCAAGGAAUUCAGCUACAACGAGAUUCACAACCGGCGGGUGGCUCUGGGCAUCACCUGCGUCCAGUGCACACCUGUCCAACUCGAGAUCCUCCGGAGGGCGGGAGCGAUGCCCAUCUCCUCCAGAAGGUGCGGAAUGAUCACUAAGCGAGAGGCCGAGCGGCUGUGCAAGUCCUUCCUGGGCGACAACUCACCGCCCAAGCUUCCGGAGAACUUCGCCUUUGACGUGAUGCAUGAAUGCGCUUGGGGCUGCCGCGGCUCCUUCGUCCCCUCCAGAUACAACUCGUCCAGAGCCAAGUGCAUUAAGUGCCUGUACUGCGCCAUGUUCUUCAGCCCCAACAAGUUCGUGUUCCACUCGCACCGGCUGGCCGAUAGCAAGUACGUGCAGCCGGACGCCGCCAACUUCAACUCCUGGCGGCGGCACAUCCGGCUGUCGGGGGAGCCACCGAUGGACGUCCAGCAUGCGUGGGAGGACGUCAAGGCCAUGUUCAACGGCGGUACCAGGAAGAGACUGAUGGCAGCUAGCACUCAGAGCAAUGACACAAUGGUUGAUAUAGGUGCCGCCAGGCGCUGUCUGGCGGCCCGACUCACAGUUACCAACACAUGUCUUCGGCAGCGCCGUGUGUUUCCCCAGGGGCAAGGCUCCCGCAUGUCCAAGGCGCCGCGACUGGACACGCCGCUCACCAAGCCGCCAUCCUUCGCCCCGCCGGCGCUGAAAACCGUGGGCGCCGAUCUGGCCUAUCCGCCGCCCUACCUGGCCCCGCUACCCCCGCCCUAUCCCUCCCAUCACAAGGACGCCCACCAGACCUUCGUGGACUACCUGUGGGGAACCAGAGGGUCGUUACCGCCCCUUGGCCUGCCGUACCCACUAGCGGCGUGGCCCAGACGACCCCUACCCAGCUUCCCACCGCUGCCUCUCCCGGACCCCAGAUCUGACCCGACUUCUGAUCCCCGACCAACCGACGCAGAACCUCCCGCCCUCCGGCCGGCGCACUUGUCGGCGUUCACACCGGUGACCCGAGCGUCGCCCACGCCCACGGGGAGCACCGGGCGGGACUCGGGGGCGCCGCUCCCGGACUCCAGCAGACACUCGGACGAUGAAACUGUCGACAUCGAGGCCACAGACGACGACGCCGACCACAAAAGCGACGGCUACAAGAGCGACUCCUACAAGCACGAACUUUACAAAAGCGAGGCCGUCAAGCCAGACAGCUACAAGCCCAGUAGUUCGACGAAGCACCACAGUUUAGAUACAGACCACUACAAGAGCGACAGUUAUAAGCCGGACGACCUCAGAAGCGACCAUGGCCCCGGCGAGGCGGAGGUAGAGGAGAGCUCUCGUGUUCUGUCCCGUCAGGAGGACAGAACACACAAGGAGGACCACGCCCGUGUCGCCCACGUCCGUGUCAGCAGCCCAGUGGCCAGCUCCAGCACCAACAGCCUGGAAACCUCCCGCCCAAUCAUAGAGAUCCCGUCGGCGUCCAGCGACUCCCCCACGAGUGCCGCUGCCGCCGCCGCCGCUGCCGCCGAAGAGGACCCCCGCCUGCGACUCUUCCUGCUGCGGGAGGUGGAGGCCAGGAGGCGCGUGGAGCAAGAAAUGGCCCGGCUCAAGUACACCUACACCUCCCACCUACACCAGAGCCUCCACCACACUCUCCACCACAGUCUUCACACCGCCCUGCAGCCCGGACACCACCUCACUAAAGUCAUUAGCCCAGCUGAUGACAACGACUCUCUCGACGAGGUCAUUAGUGUUGUCGCCCAUGUCACGCCUGGGACUGAUAAUGACUCUUCAGACAAGACGUUAUCCUGUCCUACUGCGACGACCUUUCAUCGGUCGGGGUCCAACGGCGACGACCUCUAA